AUGGUCACAGCCAUGACAGUCGGUGGGUAUAUAUUCUUUCGCGAUGUUCCCCAGACACCCGCCACUUUCCUCGUUUUCCGUUAUUUACAUAUCCAGAAGGCUCAAGCAGUAAAGCUCUCAACGGCUCAGAUUUCAUUUCGCGAAGGUACCAUUGCCAUUCGUGCUCUCUCUUCGUCAAAGCCUCGUAUAGUAGAAAACAUUAAAAUUGAAUUCCCCUCGCAUUGCUCGGCACUCGCAGCAAAGCUUUCUCUAUCCAAUAGGCACACAAAUUUCUCUUCUUUUUUGCGGCGAAUAUAUAUAGCGGACCAUGCAGCGGAGCCCGAAUCAGCAGUUGAAUCGCUGAUGGACAGGAUUGCCGAGAAGAUCCACGGUCACGAUUCUUCUUCCUCUUCCUCUGAUUCCGAUGAUGACAAGUUCGAUGCCGUCAAAACGAAGAUAUUUCGUCUCUUUGGAAGAGAGAAACCCGUCCACAGAGUCUUGGGCUGUGGAAAACCUGCUGAUGUACUUCUGUGGAGGAACAAGAAAAUUUCUUCAGGUAUUCUCAGUGGGACAACCAUAGUCUGGGUUCUCUUUGAAUUGCUUGAAUAUCACUUAGUCGCCCUACUUUGUCAUAUAUCAAUAUUCUCUCUUGGUAUCCUUUUUCUGUGGUCUAAUGCAUCCACCUUUAUUAACAAGUCCCCACCUGAAAUCGCUGAAAUUGUGCUUCCUGAAAAAUGCGUCCUUGAAGUUGCCUCUGCAUUGAGAAUUGAAAUUAAUAGAGCAUUGGCUGUCUUACGUGAUAUUGCAUCCGGGAGAGAUGUGAAGAAGUUCCUUACAGUAAUUGCUGGCUUGUGGGUUCUUUCGAUUGUUGGGAGUUGGUGCAACUUCUUGUCCUUGUUCUCCAUAGCCUCUGUUGUGCUGCACUCUGUGCCGGCAUUGUAUGAGAAAUAUUAGGACCAGGUUGAUUCAUUUUCUGAGAAGGCAUGGAUUGAGAUUAUCAAGAAGCAGUAUACGGUGUUUGAUGCCAAGGUUUUGAGUAACAUUCCCAAAGGGCUAUUGAAGGAAAAGAAGGAGGAUUAAAGACGUCCGUUUUUGUGUUAGCUAGGCUACUCGGUAAUUCUGUUAAAUUAGAUUUUUGCCCACGCCAUAUAAUUAUUAUUGAUAUAUUAUUUAAUUAAAUGAAUAUAUAAAAAUUUAAAUUUUUUA